AAUCUGCUUUCCCUGUCAGUCACAGCACAGGCUUCUGUGAGUGUAGGUCCACUAAAACAUCCUCUAAGGACUAAGUGUGUAACCGUUCCCCAAGAUGUGUGACCAAACUUUCCUGGCCGUUACAUUCGGCCCUUGCGAUAAGUGCUCCCUGACCAAGCCUCUGAUGAACAUCUACCUGAAGAAUGAACCAAUCAAUUACUGCUCCCUGUGUGUGGAGGAGAUGGCAUGUCAGGGACUAGCGCCAAACGAGACCCUGACGACACUGAAAACGGAGUCGGAUAACCUGAAGACGAAGCUGGAGGAGGAGAGAGCCAAACUACACGAUGUUGAACUGCAUCAGGUGGCAGAGAAGGUGGAGGCGCUGGGACAAUUUGUCAUGAAAACAAGGCGAACGCUUAAGGGCCACGGAAAUAAAGUUCUGUGCAUGGAUUGGUGCAAAGACAAACGAAGGAUUGUCAGUUCCUCUCAGGAUGGAAAAGUGAUUGUAUGGGAUGCUUUCACAACGAAUAAGGAACAUGCAGUGACCAUGCCCUGCACCUGGGUGAUGGCAUGUGCUUACGCCCCCUCUGGCUGUGCAGUGGCCUGUGGAGGUUUGGACAACAAGUGUUCUGUGUACCCUCUGUCUCUGGACAAGAAUGAGAACUUGGCUGCCAAGAAGAAGUCUGUGGCCAUGCACACCAACUAUCUGUCAGCAUGCAGCUUUACGAACUCUGACAUGCAGAUUCUGACAUCGAGCGGAGAUGGGACAUGUGCCCUGUGGGAUGUGGAGAGUGGGCAGCUGCUGCAGAGUUUCCAUGGCCACGCUGCAGAUGUCCUCUGCCUAGACUUGGCCCCCUCAGAGACAGGCAACACCUUUGUCUCAGGAGGCUGCGACAAGAAGGCCAAUGUGUGGGACAUGCGCUCAGGGCAGUGCAUCCAGUCCUUUGAAACCCACGAAUCAGACAUCAACAGUGUCAGGUACUAUCCCAGUGGAGAUGCAUUUGCAUCUGGCUCAGAUGAUGCCACUUGUCGUCUUUUUGACCUCCGCGCAGAUAGGGAAGUAGCGAUCUAUUCUAAAGACAGCAUCAUCUUUGGAGUGUCCAGUGUUGACUUCUCUCUCAGUGGUCGCCUUCUAUUUGGUGGGUACAAUGAUUAUACCAUCAACGUGUGGGAUGUGCUGAAAGGAACUAGAGUGUCAAUCCUCUUCGGACAUGAGAAUCGUGUCAGCACCCUUCGUGUUUCCCCAGAUGGAACAGCUUUCUGCUCUGGAUCCUGGGACCAUACUCUUAGGAUCUGGGCUUAACCAGUUUCACUGAGGACAAGGAUCCAGACCUUGCAGAUUUCUAUUAGUCAACCAGGAUGCACAGUUACUGUAAAGGCAUAAAGGAAUGUCUCUGGAUAUGCACAGGAAGUCCACUUUGUAGACAAGCAUGUGUAGAGAUUGGAUGUUGUUUAAAUUUAUAAGCACAUGCACAGUUCCUUGGACUGAGCACACUCCUCAACGUACAUUAAGUUUUACACAUUACAACAGUGGCACUCUUACCUCUCACUCAUAUAUUUCUGUCUAUAUGCAGGAAUUUCUUUUUUGGAAUAAGAACCAUAUAUUUUCAACAGUUAAUUUGCAGUCCUGGGAUAUUCAUUAUUUUAAAGCCCCUUUAAAGCUCAGAAACAGUCAUCGUCAAUUGCUGUAAUUCUGUGGUGUAAAAGAAAGAAUAUGUCAGGUGUGAAAUAGUUGUUGUACGAAAGGUAAUGAAUUAUAUUGGAUUAUGUGUUUUACAGCGUUUGCAAAAACAUUAAGAAGCACAUUUUAGUUCUUAUUGGAGGGUGUAAGAUUUCAGUAACUCAUUUGAGGGCAAAAAUGAGAACAUGCAAACAUGGUGUCUCUGUGAUGCUCUAAGUGAAGAGAAAGACAUCAAUAUCUGCGGGACUGCCCACGCUCUGUAUUAUGUGGAUUCUACUGGAGAUCCCUAUUAAGUCAAUAUUUUACCCUUGUAUUAUGUGAAAAUAAACAAACACUCAUACUAAAUAAAUGAACAUUUAGCAGCAUAA